AUGGUCCUGUUAUAUUUGAUCCUAAGUUGGCUUUUUGUGCUGCAAAAUUCCGCAGCGCAAAGCGUUUAUUAUGCAAAUACUAGUACGUUGCCUGAAGUGUCGCCAACUUCAAUUGGCGGGAGCACCAGUUUGAAGGAAAUAUCUGCCGAGGUUGUCGUCACUCUGUCACCGGUGGAGGUGCACACGUCAACUGGCUCCAACGGUGAGGUCGUUACAUCAACCAUCUACAGCUAUUCCACCUAUACCUCAUUUAUCUGUCAUACUUGCUCUCAUGGAAGCAAUGGAGGAGAAUCGACAGAAAUUCCUAGCAGCACUUCUGUAAGCGACGUAUCAUCUAGUACCAGCGCUACUAACGAGACGCCAUCAGUCACCGCAGCCACUACCAUAGUAGAGCUCUCCACCACUGAUAUCAGCGGAAGUUCCAUCACGACUACUUCGAAGGCUCUCGUUUCAACAUCCACUGCAAUUAUCAGUGGAGAAACCACAUUUAUUGUUACCUGGUGUCCCUUGGAAGAGUCGAGCACGACAACCUCGGUGACCUCGCAGGCUUCAAGCUCCAGCGACUUUUCUCGCAGUUCUAAAGGCGAUAGCUCCUCCGGUACUUCUGCGGCUUCAACUACCUCUGUUACAUUUGGAGUAACUAGUAACACAGAAGGUCAGCACUCAACAGACGCCGUUAGUACCACCAAUGAUCAGAAAGGAGAGUCAACUGCUAUUACAAACUCUGGCAGCGAAUUUCAAGUGACAUCAAUUGUAACCUCAACAAGGUCUGAUAGCUCGAAUGGAAUGAGUGAAAUUUCGUACACCGCUGUCCUGUCCACAGUAACUACGGUCGAAACGGGCUUGACUACCAUAUAUACGACAUGGUGUCCUCUAGAGUCUACUACUGGGUCUCAGCCCACGAGUUACAGUAGCACAACGUCAAACAGUCUCAUAUUCUCGCCCAGUUCUUCUGGUGCGACAACAAGCGCCGCCGAGAGUACCACAGGAUGCACUUCGUGUUCAAUUAGCUCUUCGAUAGUCGGUGAAUCAACUUCCAUCGAGAACAGGACCAUCACAUUAACCACCACUUAUUGUUCAAGAAACAUUUGCACGAGAACAACAAUGACGACCACCAGUCCAUUUAUCAGUACGCAAACAGAACAAACAAGUGAAUCAUCGAAUAUGAGGAGUUCCCAUUCCUACACGGAGUCAUGUACCGAAAGUAAGUGCUUAAUUACAUCAAAGCAAGGAUCAAGUUCUUCCGUAGCAGCCACAACUGGCCAUGUCACAUCCGAAUCCAUUUCUGCAAGCGAAUCGGCUGAGAGUUCAAUGAUCAGCUCGCUAUCAACCUCCUCAAAGCCCUGGGAAACUAGUGAAAGUGAGACUAGUAGUUCGACCGCAACGUCUGUUGAAACCACACCAAACCCUGCAUCGACGACGUGCAUUACAUGCCACUCAGAAACAAUCAGUUUGACAAGCUUUUCCUCUAGCUUGCGGCCAUCUCUCUCCUCCAGCAGCGUUUCGACGACAUUAAGCAAGGAAUCAAGCUCACCAAGCUCACCAAGCUCUGUCAGUUGCACUAACUGCGACAUCUCUUCUACGGAAGUCUCGACCAGUACAACUUCUUCACUUUUCAGUAACUCAAUGAGCAGUUCAAGGAGCACCUCAGAAACUGGUACAGCAUCAUACUCAGCAUCAUACUCAACGCUGUCAACCGUGACCACCGUGAUCCAAGGUACGGAAACGACCUACACCACUUGGUGUCCAUUAACAACCACGAUGGAAACAGAAUGUACACAGGAAACCUGCUCUCCCGUUACCACGGCAUCACAGUCCUUGAGAUCCGGAUCUUCGAGUAUAUGCGUUACAUGUCAGUCCGAAACAAACAGUCUGACAAGCUUUCCUUCUGCCUCAUCCACGUUCUCUAGCAGCGUUUCAACUAGCAGCAUUUCAACUAUACCAAGCAAUGGGGCAAGUUCAUCGACUUCCGCCAAUUGCACAAACUGCGGGGUCUCUUCUACUGGGUCAGCGUCGAUCAGCACAACUUCUUCGGUUUCGAGCAACCGAAUUAGCAGUUCCUCGGACUAUUGUGUAGGGCCAAGCUGCACAAGCGUCCUGACUACGUCUUUCACCUCCUCUUGUGCUGAUGAGCACUGCUCCGCUUCGUCCAUUGCAAGCAGCACGGUAGAGUUCGGUACAGAAUCCCAUUCUACGCUGUCGACCGUAACCACCUUCAUCGAAGGAACAGAAACAACUUACACCACUUGGUGCCCGCUAACAUCAAUAGUGGAAACUCAUUGCACACAAGAAAGCUGCUCUUCCGCCACCGUAACGUCCCAAUCCCUGAGUUCCGAGUCCCCGACCACAUGCAUUACGUGCCAGUCCGAAACAACCACUCUGACAAGCCUUUCUUCUGCCUCAGGAUCAUCCAUUUCCUCUAGCAGCGUUUCGACAACAUCAAGCAAGGAGUCAAGCUCAUCAGAUUCUGCCAGUUGCACCAACUGCGAGUUGUCUUCUACCGAGUCAGUUGCGAUCAGUACAGUUUCUUCGGUUUCCACUAAUCCAAUUGGUAGUUCAAGUAGCGCAUCAGGAUCUAGCACAGAACAGCAUUCUACGCUGUCAACCGUAACCACCUUCAUCGAAGGAACAGAAACGACCUACACCACUUGGUGCCCGCUAACAUCAAAAGUGGAAACUCAUUGCACACAAGAAAGCUGCUCUUCCGCCACUGCGACGUCCCAGUCCUUGACUUCCGAAUCUUCUUCAGGUGAUAUGCAUCCAAUAACCGAGAACUCUUCGUCAGCCUCCUGCAAAGAUUGCACGCAAGCGAAUGAAAGCAGUUCAACACUUGCACCCAGUGCAAGCAGUCAAGAAAGUAUCGGUUCUUCCUCGAUAAGUACAACCACCUCAACCCAGUAUUGUAGUGAUGAGCAUUGCACCAGCGCAGUAAAGACCUCCUCAGGAACGGAAAGCCCUACGAAAACAACAGCUACCUCAUUCUCGACCAUUACAACGACGACAACCCAGUCUUGUAGCGAUGGAAAUUGCUUUACCUCAAGUUCUGAAUCAAGCACCACACUCAUAGCGACGACUUCAAGCUGGAGUGAGACGUCUGUCUUCUGUGAAAACAGCGAAUGCCAAGAGCAUGCAAGUGCUAGCAGUCUUGUAUCAUCAGUGAAGUCAACGAUCUCCGUUACAGUGCUAGUUCCUGUGACCAUAACUUCGGAGAGCAACAAGCAAUCGAUAGUGACAACUAGCCCGAUGGUCCAAACGUCACAAAGUAUGACCACGAUCGUGAACAGCGGCCAGACGGCUGGCUCGACAUUGAUUUCCUCGCUUCCUGGGGUGACGACGCCUUCAUCAACAUCUUCAAGUAUAGCGGGGACGUCACAGCCGUCAAGCUCUCCAACGCUGAUUACCACAUUUUCUGGUAAAGCACCUAGUUUGGCUAUGAAUAAAGCUUUCGCAGGCCUUUUGAUGCUAGCUUUCAUUUAG